UUGUAGGCGGUUAUAGGUUACGGUAUAUUUAACUGUCAGUUGUGCUAUUUUGUAUAAAGUUUUAUGUUGUAAAAGUGACCGCUUUUUAUUAAAGAAAACAAUGGCUGGAGUAGAAGUCGAGCAACCAAAUAUGGAAAAUCACAUACGAAAUUUAAAACUUGCUGGCCAUGUGGGAUUUGAUAGUCUUCCUGAUCAGCUUGUUUCAAAAAGUGUCCAAAAUGGAUUUGUUUUCAACAUCAUGUGUAUCGGUGAGACUGGCUUAGGCAAAUCGACUCUAAUGGAUUCAUUAUUCAAUACUAAUUUUGAAUCAGCUCCCAGCCCCCAUUCUUUACCUUCAGUUAAACUAAAGGCUCAUACAUAUGAACUUCAUGAAAGUAACGUCAGACUAAAGUUAACAAUUUGUGACACCGUUGGUUAUGGAGAUCAAAUAAAUAAAGAAGACAGUUUCAAAACUGUAGUAGAUUAUAUCGAUACCCAAUUUGAAGUGUACCUACAAGAAGAAUUAAAAAUAAAGCGUUCUUUAUCAACUUACCAUGAUUCAAGGAUUCAUGUAUGUUUAUAUUUUAUCUGCCCAACCGGGCAUGGUCUGAAAUCUAUUGACUUAGUCUGUAUGAAAAAACUUGAUCAGAAAGUCAAUAUUGUCCCAAUUAUUGCAAAAGCAGAUACUAUUUCUAAAACAGAACUUCAAAAAUUUAAGUCAAAAAUCAUGGCAGAAUUACAAAAUAAUGAUGUCCAAAUUUACGAAUUUCCCACCGACGAUGAAUCUGUGUCAGAAGUUAAUGGAAAUAUGAACAGUCACAUUCCAUUUGCUGUUGUUGGAAGCACUGACUUCGUUCGAAUUGGAAAUAAACAGGUCAGAGCCAGACAGUACCCUUGGGGCACUGUUCAGGUGGAAAACGAAUCUCAUUGUGAUUUUGUUAAGCUGAGAGAAAUGCUUAUUAGAACUAAUAUGGAGGAUAUGAGAGAAAAGACACAUUGCAAACACUAUGAGCUUUACAGAAAGAAGAGAUUGGAACAGAUGGGUUUCAGUGAUGUUGAUGCUGAUAAUAAGCCUGUCAGUUUUCAGCAAACUUUUGAGGCCAAAAGGACUAAUCAUUUGCAGGAGUUGCAACAGAAAGAAGAUGAAAUGAGACAAAUGUUUGUGGUGCGUGUUAAAGAAAAGGAAAGUGAAUUAAAAGAGGCUGAAAAAGAGCUGCAUGCUAAAUUUGAUAAGUUAAAAAAAGAACAUACUGAAGAAAAGAAGAAAAUUGAAGAAGAUAGAAAGAAACUUGAAGAUGAAAUAAUUGAAUUUCAUCGCAGAAAAAGUCAAUUUCAACAAAUGGGCUCCAGCCAUCACACUUUAACACUUGGUAAAAGUAAGAAAAAAUAAGCAUUUUUACGCAUUAAUGUUACUGAGUAGUUUCCAUGUUGCUGAUGAAUUCAUAUAUCCUAAGCUUUUAAAAAAAAAUAUGGAACGGUUUGAUAUGUAAUUUUGCAAAUCAUUCAUAGGUGGAAAGUACAUAUAAUCAUGUUUUAAAUGAUUUAUUGAAAUAACACUAUUUGUUAAUAGGAAAAGGAAUGUAUUUGUUCUUAAUUUAUAAUUUCACUAAUUCAUAAGAAGAAAACAUAGCAUGUAUUUACGUCGAAAAAUUUCAAUUUG